AUGAGGGUCUACACCCCCGCCGAGGACGACGGUUCCGCCGCAUUCUCUCACCCCAUGGUGAGGAACGACAGCAUUCCACACUGCGCCUAUCCCACCGUUCGACAUGACGGCAUUUCCGAAAGACGCUCUCCCUUUGAAAUCAAGCCAGAGGUUCACUACUCUUCCCCAUCGACGACUCAAUCGCUCGAAAUGCAGAGCCCCUUUAGCGAACACGGUGCCGAUGCUAUGAGCCCCCCAAGCCCGGCUUCUGAAAUGAAUGAUCCGCCAUCCACCGUGGACGUGAAUGCGCACCAUGAACCUUACGCCCAGCUCCUUUACAGAGCCUUCAUGAGCCAUCCAAGGCACGCUAUGACGCUUCAAGAAAUUUACCAGUGGUUUCGAGAGAACACUGACAAGGCCAAGGAUGAAGGGAAGGCCGACAAAAACGGCAAGGGUCAGGACGGCUGGAAGAAUAGUAUUCGACAUAACCUCAGCAUGAACAAGGCCUUUAUAAAACGAGAGCGGCUCCCCCCAAGUGAGAGGAUUGGAGAUUCCACUGGAGUUGGAGACUUAAAACGAGCGGGCGAAUGGGUGCUUGAAGGGUGGGCUAUCGAGAAUGGUAUCAAAAGUACGACAUAUUACAGAAACGGCAAAGGGGCUCGGCGGACCGGCGGCGGCAGGCAAAUCUCCUACAGGAACCCGCACGUUAUUCUCUCUUCUCGGCGUCAACAACCACCUCAGAACCAACGGAGGCUCUCGGGACGAGCAAUGUCAGGCCGAAAAGGGGGGUAUGCCUCGAGUCAAUGUCAGUGGAGGAGACGACUGGAGAUGCAGAACCAAGCUCAGCGGCAGUCGUCCGCAUUAAGUUCGGGCUAUGGGCCAGCUCUUCCUCCGUGGUCUGAGAUGAACAGGACGCCGGAGAUGAUGGAGGGGAUGGUGGGGGCAACAGGUUCCGCCCUUCGAACGGAGACGAAUGAGCCCUUGACCCCCCCGGAGGGAACACCAAUGAAUUACGAGAUACAGGCGCCUCCGGUUUCUGAUCCGAACGCUUCUAUAAUUGGGAGCGGCAGGGGAUACGGGCCAUGUCACUCUGGGCCGCUAGAUCUUACUGCAUUCGACCUUGCCGAGAUUUCUGGAGUCUACGCUGGCGGACAAGUCUUUGCCAAUUUCGAGAUGCGCACUUUCCGUGGGCGCCUCUAA